AUGGCUGGUCAAGGUGGCCCACAUCUGCAAAAGAAAGUCAUUAUGCCACCCAGAUUCCUUCGCGGUAGAGGCAAAGGACCCGUGACAGGUCAUGAUCACGAGGCCGGGCCUUCGCACCGGCGUACUCCAUCUAUCACUAUGAGCACAAGCCCGCAAGAGCCAUGGAGACUCUAUGUCGAACCCGGAAGGCGAUCUGUAUCCCUUAGCUCUUCACCUUCUUACCAACACUCUUUUGGGCCCCACUCAGAAAACGAGCCCAACAACCAGCCGCCAGCUUUUAUACCUUUACAGAGAUCCAACUCUCAUCAUUCUUUUGGCGACCCAACACCCGUUUUCCAAAGCCGAUUUAACCCGGCUAACCUUCUGCCAGAACCCGUGGGUUUUAACCCACUUGGACCGGAAGACCACUUUUCAGGGGAAAACGACAUGGAUGAGGAUACUGACCCCGUGGAGCCUCCAUCAGGAACGCCGAAUCAUCCCAUUGAGAUCUCAGAUGGGUCAUCAUUCCAUGGAUCGCCAUACCGCGGACCGGACAGUUUUAUGGAAAACUUCAACCAGUAUGAUUGGUACUUCACCCCGUCUGAGCACUCGUCGUCCCACCAGCACCAGCAGCAGCAGCAGUGUCAACAGCAACAGGACCCUUCGGAGGGUCAACGAUUUGUGGCAGAAGAAGAGGACCCGCAGAUGGGUGGUCCAACAAGCCCUAUACCAGAUGUCAACUCAGUACCUGUGGUACCACCUUUGGGUUUCGAUAACCCAAUUCCUGCGUACGCUGGGUCAGCGGCAUACAACCCCUUCGAGCAGCCAGCACACACCCACUACAACUACAACUACGAUUAUGCGGAAGUAGAUCCGUAUCAGGUAGCUCGGGACUACAAUGCCCUUCACCCUGAAGGACCAUACGGAGGGCCAUGGACUACUGGUUACCCAACUUAUGGGUACCAGCAUCAGCCACCUCCUCCACCGGUGUAUCAGCCGCCACAGCCACAGAUUCAGCAGGAAGUCCUUGAGAGGCUGAGCCAAGUUGAACAGGAGGUUCGUGAAGACCGCAGAGAGCGGCAAGGUUUCUUCAAAGGGCUGUCAGACUUGCUUAAGGGGAAGUCAAAGAGGAGGGGUCAUUGA